ACUUUGUGUUGCCAGCAAGCAAACCCUGACGGGUUGAAGACACGCUAGCCAGUUAGCUUACGAGGCUUUAUACCGUAGGCCUCUUACUAACUUGAGAAUUGUCGUUUUUCAGGCAUGAUUUUUUAGUGGCCGACACAAACGUUCACAGGUUGUGUUAAGGUGUGUUUUGAUAAAAAUAUAGAAAAGAUUUUCGAUUGCCCUGAUAAUCUAAUUGAUUAAUAUUAGAAAGGUAGCACUUGCAUCUGUAGCAAGUGAGCUAACGUUAGCUCGCUAGCUACCGACAUCAUAAACAAAACAAAAGAAUUUAUCCCCUGCCUCGAUAACGUAGAUAUAAAGUAAGGACUAACUUGGGCACACGACCUGCAUUUUAAAUAAUAUUUGUUCGAAGGUUUUCCUGGGAAUUAUUUAUUUAUUUAUGGUUUCCGAAUGACCACCUGUUCGGUAGAUAGCAUUACUGCAGCUGAAGUUGACCAAUUCUGUUGUGCAGCACAGGGUAUUUGUAUUUUAAUACGAGGCAGAAAGAAGCUUUCCCACUGUUUGUGUUAACACUGAAAUUAGGUGGUUGCGUUAACGCGGAAAUACUGCAGUGCAUUCUAGAAAUGCUAUAUUUUACUUAACAAUCCAUCAUUAGGUUACUGUCGCGAUGUCACCCAUGCCAGAAUGCAUUUACUCCCUUUAAGAUUUAUUGUGCAUUGUCUAUUUUCGUUUAACAACGAACAUUUAUGGCAGGUAUUAUGUAAUUGUGCAUCUGCCUUCAUUUAUACGUUCAUCUAGUUUUUUUUUUUUUAGCUCGCCAUCUCAAUUUGUUUAAAGGGAUGUCGAGCUUAAAGCUGAUUUCUGCGACUGAUGCACUGUAUUCAGGGUCAUUACUGAAGUCUAUAAACGAACAGCGGAAUGUUGGAUUGUUCUGUGAUGUCACCAUAAUUAUAAAUGACCGCAAAUUCAGAGCCCACAGGAACAUCCUGUCAGGAUCCAGCUCUUAUUUUCACCAGGUGUUCUGUGCUGCUGGACAGGUGAUAGAGCUGGAUUUUGUCAGGGCGGAGAUCUUUGAUGUAAUCCUGAAUUACAUCUACAGUUCUAAGAUCGUCCGCAUUCCCUCUGACUUGCUUGAAGAGCUCAUUACUGCAGGCCAGGCCUUGGGUGUGAAAUUCUUCGCUAAUCUGCAUGUGCCGCUCUCCCAAGUCAAGGGACUGCCUGGUUUAUCAAAAGAGUCCGGGGAGGAGCGUGUGAAAUGCAAGGAUGCCCUACAAAAUAAUGAUGUCAUCAGCCAGGUGCCUGGAUCAGGGUGCACGUCUAUUAUAACUGAAGCAUUUUCACUGUAUGCAGAAGAGUUUGAUCAGGGCAAUGACCUGGACAAAGGUGAUGUUCUAUUCAUCUCCAAACAAGCAUCCCAAAACAAAAGAGAUCCUGGCAACACACCCCAAAUCUCCAGGUCCUGUGAAGUGAUUGAUGAGGAUGGAUCUUCAGGGGCGGUUGCAUCCAAUGAAAAGAAAAUUAAAAGUUCUGAACCCAGUGAAGGUGUAAUAAAAGAGAAGGAUGACAGCAAUGCAUGUUCCUCUAAAAAAGUGGAGGGAAAUAAUCAACCUCUCCACAGUAGGUCCUCAGAUGCCCAGCUUGACUCAAGCUCACUGCCCACCCCUGCAGAGUCUCCAGUUGCUAAUGCCAGUAUGCACCAGUCACCUGCGCAUUCCUCCCUGUGCAACACACCAGCUACCCCAGCGCAGCUUAACCUUUCCCCCACCAAAUCCCCCAGCAGCUCCCUGCCAAAAGAAAAUCAACAGAUGUUGGCGGUCCAGAAGAAGGAGAUGGCAGUUUUGGAAAAGGCAACAACCCAAUCAGUGGAUUUCAAAAACAAUCAAUCGGAUGUUGGGUCAGUUAGCAGCAGCAACAAUGGGGCAAGCCUUGGCAGCCCUCAAUCUCUCACUGGGCUAAAAAAGACAAUAACAUUAGACAAGGCAUCAGAAAUUGAUUCCUUGUCUACUGGCUGCAAGGUCUAUGCCAACAUUGGGGAGAACACCUAUGAUAUUGUUCCUGUAAAAGAGGACCCAGGUGAAGGUGAUUCAAAAGCCAGCAGGGCGAGGAAGGCCCAAGUGCCCCCUUCUUUCAGUCCAGAUGCGUCUCCACACUCACCCCGGGGGGCUUCGAGCAAGAAGAAGGCGAAGGUUGAACAAGACGACCACUACGAGCUGAUCAUGGAUGGGAAGACCUUUUAUGUGUGCAUCAUCUGCAAGCGUCCCUAUGUGUGCUUGACUAGCCUGAGGCGUCACUUCAACACCCACUCCUGGGAGAAGAAGUAUCCCUGCCAUUACUGUGACAAAGUCUUCGCCCUUGCAGAGUACAGGACCAAGCACGAGGUUUACCACACGGGUGAGCGCCGUUAUCAGUGCCUGCUGUGCAAUGAGUUUUUUAUCAACUACCAGCUGCUCUCCUCCCACUGCAAGCAGGUCCACAACCAGGACCCCUCUGGCAGGAAGGAGAAAGAUGACACCAACAACAACCUGUACCGCCUCCUGCCCUGUAAGACCCUGCAGUUCAAGCCAUACUCGUACGUCACCGAUGGCUCUGGGGGAAUCCCGAUCAUCAAGGAGGAUGGGAUGGUCUACCAUGUGGACCCUUCAAAGGGGCCCAUGGCGGGUCAGGGGCCUCACCCUUCCAGCCAGGGCAAGCCGGUCAACUGGGAUGAUCUUUUUGUAGAGCCAGGAGUACGUGGCCAACCAGUUGCACAUGGCCCUCAGGGACCAUGUGCCCAGCCUGUUGCGCAUGGCUCUACAGGAACACGUGGCCAGCCUGUUGGGCAUAGCCAGCCAGUUCCACAUGGUCCACUAGGAGCACAUGCCCAACCGCUUGCACAGGGGUCGCCUGUUGCACACGGCGCACCUGGAGCGCAUGGUUCGCCUGUUGCACACGGCCCACCUAGAGUGCUUAGCUCACCUGUUGCACAUGGCCCACCUGGAGUGCAUGGCUCACCUGUUGCACACGGCCCACCUGGAGUGCAUGGCUCACCUGUUGCACACGGCCCACCUGGAGUGCUUGGCUCACCUGUUGCACACGGCCCCCCUGGAGUGCAUGGGUCGCCUAUUGCACACGGCCCCCCAGGAGCGCAUGGUUCGCCUGUUGCACACGGCCCACCUGGAGCUCAUGGUUCACCUGUUGUACACGGUCCUCCUGGAUCGCAUGGUUCACCUGUUGCACACGGCCCACCUGGAGCUCAUAGUUCGCCUGUUGCACACGGCCCCCCUGGUGUGCAUGGUUCGCCUGUUGCACAUGGCCCCCCUGGUGUGCAUGGUUCACCUGUUGCACAUGGCCCACCUGGAGCGCAUGGUUCGCCUGUUGCACACGGCCCCCCUGGUGUGCAUGGUUCGCCUGUUGCACACGGCCCCCCUGGUGUGCAUGGUUCGCCUGUUGCACAUGGCCCACCUGGAGCGCAUGGUUCGCCUGUUGCACACGGCCCAUCUGGAGCGCAUGGUUCGCCUGUUGCACACGGCCCCCCUGGAGCGCAUGGUUCGCCUGUUGCACACGGCCCACCUGGAGCGCAUGGUUCACCUGUUGCACACGGCCCACCGAUCAUGCAUGGCCCACCAGGAGCACAUGGCUCGCCCGUUGCACACGGCCCACCGGUUGCACUUGGCUCCCCUGUUGCACACGGCCCGCCAAUUACACACGGCUCACAAGGAGCACGUGGCUCACCUGGUGCCCAUGGCCCGCCUGUCGCCCACUGCCCGCCGAUUGUACAGGGCUCGCCAGGAGCACAUGGCCCACCAAGGGCGCACGGCUCACCCGUUUCACGCAGCCUGCCUGGGGUGCACAGCCAGCCAGAGGCACUCACCCAGCACCCAGAGAACAGUGUGAAUCCUGCCAAGGGCUCAUCAAAGUUUGAGUUUGGUGUACGAGAGACCUAUUGAAUUUUGAGGGUUAACUGCUGGGAAUUGUGCCUUCUAAGCAGGGUUUCCCCUUUGUGUGGUGUUCAAGGGUCCAGGAUGGAUUUCUAUACCUUACAGUGUAGCUGUUGUUUUAAACUAGUUGUGUGUAUGUAGGAAGCUCCCAUGUACAUCAGCACAAACUUAGUGGUCCUUGGCAUUGGUUGGCUUUUACAAAUUUUUAGUAAAAUCUUGUCAUUCGGUGAUGUAUUGUCUCUAUAUGUUUGAAAGUUGCUUGCUGUCCCGUAAUAUCAUAUAUCAUCAUAUUUCUGGACACAUAGCAUACAGAAAAAAAAAAAUAUAAACGAAUUAUCAGCACUUAGGUAAGACCCUCUCAGAGCAUCCACAACACUGUGUUCCAUUUAAAUCACUGAAGAUGGACAUUAAAGUACUUAGAAUCCCAUUUAUUCUGUUUUUUACACAAUUUAGAGUGAAGAUUGGUCUGAGAUGUGGUAGGGUAUCUGUAGAAAGAAUGAAAUGAUUACAGAAACACAAACCUCCACCAAAGACAUGGGAGAAAUGCUCACCUGAUAUUGGCCAUGAAUAGACUGUUGUAUACCUAUUUUAUUUUUCUGUGAGUGGUCAUGACUUUGUAUUGUUAUGAUACAAAGGACCUAUUAUGAAUUAUUGUGUCAUUUUGCAGAACACAACCUCAAGCUGUACAUGAGAUUCAGUGUAUAUAGAACUACAGUGUAUAGUGUAUGAGCACUAUACAGAUUUCAGAAUUACUUUGUAAAAUCAAGCUUAUUAAGUAAGUGUUGGUACUGAAUUUGUACUGAUUGUAUGAUGAUUGACAGACAUGGCUAAAUAGCACAUUUUCAUAGUAUUGUGCAGAGCAAGACCUGAAAACAUUUUAGAGAAAAGAUUCAUAGGCAAGAAGGAGGUGCUACUAACUAAUGACCUGAUGUGAACAAUAUCACUAGUGAUAUCCAGUCAUGCUGUCCAUGAAUUAACUAUUAUUUUCAGUGUUACAGAACUGGUUAAUACAAAGGUCCAAAGGUUUUGUUCAAAGGUCCAAACACCAGGUUCUUUGUCAGAGGUGCUUUAUAAGCUAAUCAUUAUUACAUUUUCACCACACUUAAAGUUUGAAUGGCACAUGGUGCAAUUUCCAAGAGAGGAACUGCAAUUGCUGCAUUUGUCAUUUUUGAUGGAAAAAAAUUGAACUUCAUCCAUUGAAAAGUAAAUAUUUAAUUUUAUAUUCAGCAGUAGUCCUCUAUAGCUGUACUUGGCAAAACAUAGUGGUGGGAUAUUGCAUAUAAAAUGGGCAAUUGAAAAAUGCUGCCUUUCUUGAAACAACUAAACCAUGACUGAACACCUCUAGAUGUAUGGAAUAUUACUGUUUUUUAUAUGCUGGCCAUAUAUCAUCCUCUCUUUUUAAAUGACUCCCGUUUGUACUGUUCCAAGAUGCUAAAAUACACUUACUGUACUUACUGUACUGUACUUAGGUGGUGCUGAGUGUUAGACCUUUUGCCUCAUAGUGCAAAACAGGAAAUCUGUCAUUCAAAUAACUUUUAUGUCUGUAUUCAGAAUGUCAGUGCUGUUUUGGGGCAGCACCUAGUGCAGGAAUUGUGAUUUUAAUGUUCUUUUUGUUUUUUUUUUCUAAUUUUGUCUUGUCUGUGUGUAGCUGCUUUGCAUUUUUUCAGUAGAAGGCAUAUUUGACUGUUUUUUUAAAAAUAUAUAUAUUAUGCAGGUAGUCAUUCUCUGUCUCAAUAUGUUGGAGAAUAAAAGCAGUUUUAGCUUUUAUGGUUUUUGAAGACAUUAACAACUGCGUGUUGUGUAAAUAAUUGUACUAAAGACCUCUUUUUCAUUUUAACAUUUGUUUACUUUGUUUUAAAACUUAUUUAUUAGGUCUUAGUGCUAUACAAAAUGGAAAUAAAAGUUUAUGGCGCUAAUGUUUCUGUUUCUGAAACUGAAAACUGUUUUAUGGGAUUAAUUAUUUGCAUCAGGCCUUUGCAACAAGGUAAGGAGUAUAUUGACCCUCCUUUUUUAAUAGAACAUUAAAACGUAUAUAUAUGCUUUUUUUUCAUUCACCAAGCCAUGGUGUGACUUUAGCCAAGGAAAGCUGAGAAGAAAUUGGCCAGGUAAGGAUGAACACUAGACUAGAGACAUGGGCAACUAAAGAGGAAUGCGCAUUUAGGUCCCAGCAUAAUAUUUAGCAUAUGCCACAGGAACCAACCAUUAUAUUUGGGUUUUUUUACUGAAUAUGUUUCAAAGCUAUAAUGUUUAUAAGUUAAUAUAUAGCCAUGAUUGUGCGUGAUUGGGACACGCAGAACACAAUACUCGCUUUUUGCUGGUCAUUAAGAGGCCAGGUAUGUUUUAGAAAAAUUGAGAUCCAGUCUUUUAUAGCUUUACUUUUUGGGCAAUGCAGAAGUAAACACUUGUUAGUGUUAGGAUUAUUGCAGUUCCGUCACAUUAUGCCUAUAAACCUAGAAAGUAAACAGACUCAACAAAUAGAAAGCUCUGGUAAGUACCCAGAAAUAUAUUGGGGGCUGCAUCACCCACUCACUUGGGUUUUGCAGUGCUGGUAUUUUGCUCCACAAUAGUGAGAUGAACACUGCUUUGAAAAAGCAUUAAAAGAAUGAAAUCUUGAAGUAAUUCUUCUCCAUGCUCCAUUGUUUUUGAUUAUAAAAAAGCAACAUUUUAGAUGUGCUUCACCAACUGCUUGGUCAGUUAGUCACAGAUGACUUGCAAGACCUGUUAAAAAAAUUGUAAACAAGAUGGCUGCCACAAUUCAGUGAAAUCAUCUAAUUUUGUUCAUAGUUGAAGUACGGAUGAUUAAAACAGCCAUAUUUUUAUUCAUUUGGCUAAAAGUCACACUGCUGAGGUGGGCUGGGUGUCAAGAGCUAUUAUAUCAAUGGUGCUAUCUUAACAUGGUUUGGUACCAUGUUUGAUUUUUAAUCAACCUUUCUGUGCUCGCAUUUCAUUGUAUACACUGUUGAAAUUAAACAUAUUUCCAGAUCC